AUGCAGUUGAUUGCAGAACUGAGGAGUUUUACCUCCGCAGAACCUAUCUCUCUUCCUAUUGAGUGAGUGACACAAUCACUAGUUAUCAGACAUAAUUGCACAUAAUUACGUUGUCUUGCCUUUUUAGGUCAGACUGGAAGUGUUUGUAAUGUUCUUGUUAUGUGUCUUUGCUUCCUAGUCCUCUGGAGCUGAAUGACCUGCAGUACAGGAGAGUGAAGGUGCGUGGGCGCUAUGACCACUCCAAGGAGAUGUACAUCUUACCCCGCUCGCCUGUCGACCCAGAGAAAGAGGCCAGGGAGGUAGGCCAGCUGUCAUCCAGUGGCGAGACUGGAGCCAAUGUCGUUACACCGUUCUACUGUACCGACCUAGGGUAAGAACUCUACUCAUUACCUUAUUCUACUUUACCAGGGUAUGAUGUAAACAUACUCCAUUCAACAUAAUCCACAACCAAUUCUACUGCACCAGUCAAUAAUAAGGUCCUAAAUUUCACCCAGUUCCCUUUCUACAGUAGUUUUGUAUGUGAACUACAACAUUUGAAGAGAUUAUAAUCUCAUUACACAAAAGUUAUAUUGUUGUAUAUAUUUCACAGGAUUACUAUCCUUGUAAACAGAGGAUAUGUUCCAAGGAAGAAGAUCAAACCAGAAACCAGGAUGAAGGGACAGGUAAACGUGACUCCCUAUUCAUUGUCUAAUUCAAGACUCCCAAGUUGCAAAACUGCAAAGUUCAUACAGUAUACUAAAUAAGCCAUUUAGCAGAUGCUUUUAUCCAUAUGCAUAUAUUUUACACAUGGGUGGCCCGCAGGAUUUGAACCCACAAUCUUGACAUUGCAAGCGCCAUACUCUUAUGUUAUAGGUGAUGACUUUGUCAUUGUGCUGCCCUGUAGGUAGAUGACGAGGCUGACUGAGAUCCGCAAACCCUUUGUGCUACAAAACGAUGUGGAGCACAACCGCUGGCACUACCGCAACCUGGCCAUGGCCAGAGUCCCAGAGGCCGAGCAGAUCUUCAUCGAUGCUGAGCUCUUAGUAUUAGUAAUCUUGCACGUUGUUUUAAUUGCAUGGAUAUGA